AUGCGAGAAAAGUCCGGCACUUUCUUUCCUCUGUGUGUGUGGAUUUCGCUACUAUCUCACGUGGGCAAGGUCCCCAUCAAGAUCAUCACCAACCGUCUAAGCGCCUUCUGCGAAGCCAACAACAUCCUCCCGGAGGAACAGUGCGGAUUUCGACCCGGGCGAUCCACCGUCGACAUGCUGUUCGUCGUGCGCCGCCUCCAGGAGCUGGGGCGGAGAAAGAAAAUACCGCUCUACAUGUGCUUCGUCGACUUGAACAAGGCGUAUGAUUCGGUGGACCGACAGUUGCUAUGGAAGGUGCUGGCCAGGGCCGGGAUUCCCGCGAAGCUGAUCGAGGUCAUCCGCCAAUUCCACGAUGGAAUGCGGGGCCGGGUGCGCAUGGACGGCGGAGAACUAUCGAACUGGUUCUUCGUGACACAGGGCGUGCGACAAGGAUGUGUGCUAUCCGCGCUGCUGAUCAACAUCUUCUUCGCCGAGGUCCUCGAGGUCGUUGUCAUCUGAUUCAGCGAGGAUGAUGUUGUUCUGCGGAGCCUGGUGUGCUUGGAGGAGGGGAAGACAGAAGCGGGGGGGC